AUGAAAUUUCAUUAUGCACAAAGUACAAAUUUUGAUGAGAAUGGUUAUGAAAAUGAAGAAGUAUCCAAUUUUGAUUCGGAAUCCGAAGAUUCAUCUGAAAAUGAACUGGUCGUUGCCACUGAGUCCCAACCUAAUACACAAUCUCUUGACAAUCAAGAAAACCAAUUAGAAAGUGAUCCCGAGUCAAUUAUAAAAGAAAUACAAACAAUUAUUUACAACUCACUAUUUGAAUAUUGGGAUCAUCCAUUAAAAAUUUGCCUUCUUACUAUAUUGUUGAAUCCUCAAUUGAAAAAAAUGAGCUUUGCAAGUGACGAGAUUCGUAAUGAUACCAUUCGUGAAUGUCGGAAACAACUUCACCAAUUGAUACAACCAUCAACUGAAGAACAUACCACUUCAUCCAACUCAACCACCCACUCUUUUAAUAACAUGUUUGCAAAUGUUAUAUUUGGGACUCAAAGAUCAAGUUCUUUGGAUGAAUUAGAUUAUUACCUUGAUUUUAGAUGA